AUGGUUGUUGAAAAGAAAAAUAUUGAAAUAUACAAAUUAUUAUGUUUAUAUGGGCUGAUAUUGAUAAUUAAAAUGAAGACUGUCUAAGAUUUAGCAGAAGUUGGUUAAGUUAGAUAACUUCUGGCUUGA